GUAAGACCACGUCGUCUACACGAAUCUGUGCAGUCGCUCGUUUGUUUUUCUUGCCAUGGAAACCUCGACGUUCAUGUCCGGUUUAUCCGAUUUGUCGACCGAAUUAUGUGAUUUUCUCAGACUGAACGUGGUGGACUUGGUUCGUUGCCUAUCGACGGACUACGGUAGCACGGCAACAUGUUGCGAUUAAUUUCAACCCGACAUUGCAAAAAUUAAAGUCCGAGUUAGAACUGGAGCUGUCUGUGGGGGCAUGGUAGAAACGCUUUGAGCGUUGGUACCUUUGUCUCCUGACUUGCGGAUUCAACGUGACAAAUUUAACGAGAUGAAUCUCUGGCAGAGCACAUGGAAAAGGCUGAAAUUGCAAACUGCUGGUUUAGAGUCGACAACGCAUGAGUUUCUACCCUACCUUAAAGAUCUGACCAUGCCUCGGUUGGACGGAUGAAGAGAUUCAAAGCCAUAUCCAACUUCCUUCUGCUUGCAGUGAGGUACAUAAUGCACAAGGAAGUUGCUAUGCUGACUUUGGUGCGCCUUCUCAGAUUAUUGAGAUUUUAGAACCAUAAUCAUUUGUAUUAGACGGUGAACAAGGAGAAUCUGCAUGAAAGUCUUAGAAUGGGUGUCUUCUUAUAUUUG